AUGGGUAAAGGCUUCUUCAUCAGCAAAGUGGUGGCAGUGGUCUGCGUGGUUGUAGCCAUCAGUGCUGUGGCCACCAUCAUAGCCCUCUCAGUUGUUUAUGCUCAGGAGAAAUCAAAGAAUCAAGAGACUCCGACGACUGCAACGACUGCUGAACCUGGCACCCAGACCACCACACCCUCCACCCCAAAAGAGCCCUGGCAGCGCUACAGACUUCCAGAUUCAUUUUCUCCUAUCUCAUACAAUGUGACCCUGUGGCCCCGGCUGACUCCCGACGCUGAUGGCCUCUACAUCUUCAGUGGAUACUCCACGGUGCUGUUCACAUGCGUGAAGGAGACUGACCUCAUUCUCAUCCACUCCAACAAACUGAACUUCACAAUGUUUGACGGAUACCACGCACAGCUGAAAGCUGUGGAUGGAGCCUCUGCACCCCAGCUGAAAAAGAGUUGGCUGGAGGUUCCUACUCAGUAUCUGGUGAUCCAGCUGGGCAGCCCUCUGCAGGCCGGCAGCACUUACGAGCUCUUCACCGAGUUUGUCGGAGAGCUGGCUGAUGACCUGGGAGGAUUCUACAGGAGUGAAUAUGAUGAAGACGGCGUGCGAAAAAUUUUGGCCACGACUCAAAUGCAGCCGACGGACGCGAGGAAAGCCUUCCCCUGCUUCGAUGAACCAGCUAUGAAAGCCGUCUUCCACAUGACUCUCAUUCACCCCCACGGGACUGUAGCUCUGUCUAACUCCAUGAACUAUGGCAAGUUCUUUUCUUGUUUAAUGUUCAGAGCAACAUUGUACGUAUCAGCUACAAGCUUUGGACCCACAGAGAUUAUGUCAACAUACCUGCUGGCUUUUGUUGUGUGUGACUUUGGAUUCAUUCAGUCAGAUCUAGGUGCAGAUGUUUUGAUCAGGAUCUGGGCUCGCAGGAAGGCCAUAGAGGAGGGCCAGGGUGCAUAUGCCCUGGAGAAGACUGGACCCAUACUGUCUUUCUUUGAGAACUACUACAAAAUUCCCUACCCCCUUAAAAAGUCAGACCAGAUCGCUCUGCCUGACUUCAGUGCUGGAGCCAUGGAGAACUGGGGUCUGAUCACCUACAGAGAGACUGCACUCUUAUACAAUCCUGCAGUGUCAUCUAACGGAGAUAAAGAGUGGGUGGCAACAGUCAUCUCCCAUGAGCUGGCUCAUAUGUGGUUUGGAAACUUAGUGACCACGAGGUGGUGGAAUGACUUGUGGCUUAAUGAGGGAUUUGCCACCUACGUCUCUUAUCUUGGAGCCAACUACGCCGAGCCAGAUUGGAAUAUGAGCGAUUUAAUAGUUUUGAAUGAGAUCAUUGGUGUGAUGGCUGUGGACGCUUUGGCCUCUUCCCAUCCCCUCUCAUCCAAAGAGGCGGACGUCAUGAGACCAGAGGACAUAAAUGCACUGUUUGACUCCAUCACAUACAGCAAGGGAGCUGCAGUUCUCAGGAUGCUCUCCAGCUUCAUCACCGAGGAGGUCUUUUCAAAUGGACUCAAUAUGUAUUUAGAAGAGUUCAAAUAUAAAAACACAGUCUACCAAGACCUGUGGAAGAACCUGCAAACGGCAGUGGAUAAUGCUGGCAUACAGCUGCCCCACUCUGUGGAAGUGAUUAUGAACCGGUGGAUCCUACAGAUGGGAUUCCCAGUGGUCACCAUCGACACCAGUACUGGAAAAAUCUCUCAGAAGCACUUCCUGUUGAACCCAGAUUCUGUGGUGGACGUACCUUCAGAGUUCAAUUAUGAGUGGUUUGUUCCUAUUACCUGGAUUAAGACUGGUGCAGCUAGAGAGCAGUACUGGCUUCUUACCAAAGAAGCAACAAACUCAGACAUGACGAUUGGUGCUAGUGAAUGGUUGAUAGCCAACAUAGACAUGAAGGGCUUUUAUAGAGUAAAUUAUGAUUCUGAAAACUGGGAUCGUAUCCUCACCAAGCUGAGCACCCAACAUCAGGAUAUUCCAGUGAUCAACCGCGCUCAGAUUAUUGACGACGCAUUUAACCUGGCAAGGGCAAAGAUAGUCAGCACAACUCUGGCUCUGAGCACUACGAGGUUCCUCAACACGGAAUUGGAGUACAUGCCCUGGCAGACUGCCACUCGCAACUUGGACUACUUCGUCCUCAUGUUUGACCGCAGUGAAGUGUACGGACUCAUGCAGGCAUACAUGAAUAAAAAGGUCAGCCCUCUAUUUAAACACUUCGAAGAACUCACUGCCAACUGGACAAAGAUCCCUGAAAAGCACACCGACCAGUACAAUCAGGUGAAUGCACUCUCCUGGGGCUGUAGCACGGGAGUAGAGGGUUGUAAGGAACUGACAACUGCGUGGUUCAAAGAGUGGAUGGACAACCCUGAUAUUAACAAGAUUAGCCCCAACUUGAGGACCACAGUGUACUGCAGUGCAAUUUCUGAAGGAGGAGCGGUGGAGUGGGACUUUGCCUGGGGAAUGUAUAGGAAUGCUACCAUUGCCUCGGAGGCUGAAAAACUUUUGUAUGCUCUGUCCUGCACCAAACAGCCCUGGCUGCUGAACAGGUAUCUGGAAUACUGUCUGGACCCAACGAUGAUCCGUAAGCAGGAUGCCACCUUUACCAUCAAUUACAUUGCCGGUAAUCCAAUUGGACAGCCCCUGGCUUGGGACUUUAUUAGAGCCAACUGGGAUCACAUUUUCAAUAACUAUGGUGGAGGAUCAAUGUCCUUUGGAAGACUUAUUAAUGGAGUGACCAAACGUUUCUCCUCUGAGUUUGAGUAUAAGCAGCUGCUGCAGUUUAAAGAAGACAACAUAAACCAACUUGGCUCAGCUGCCUCAUCUCUUGAGCAGGCGCUUGAGAGAACCAAGGCCAACAUGGACUGGGUGGCUCUGAAUAAGCAACUAGUGUUUGACUGGUUCACCAGUGAAAUCUCGGGGACAGUUUGAUAACUGAAACACAGUUUUCACUUUUUAAA